UUCGGCGUUUAAAAGACAAAAAAAAGGUAGCCCACGACUCAGUGCCAGUGAUACCAGAUCUGCUUUUAUCUGCUAUAUUCUAGAGAGAGAGAGAGGAAGAGACGAAGGCGGAGGACCGCCCUAAAAUGGAAGAGAAGUUGUUACAGCGGUUGGAGUCCGCCGUAGCACGGCUGGAGUCGCUUUCUGUUGGUUCGCAGUCUCGAGGCAUCGACCUUGAUGCGAUUGCCGCAUCGUCGGAUCCCUCGAUUCUCGCAUUUGACGAUCUUUUGACGGAGUACGUCGGCAGGCUUUCGAGUGCUGCGGCGAAGAUUGGGGGACAAGUUCAGGAGGUUACUAAUGUUCUUAAUGAGGCUUUCUCUGUUCAAAAGGACCUUCUCAUCAAGAUCAAGCAAACUAAGAAACCUGAUGUGCCAGGAUUGGGUGAAUUCCUGAAGCCAUUAAAUGAAAAAUUAAUGAAAGCAAUUAGCAUGACAGAGGGAAGGAGGUCGGAUUUCUUCAACCACUUGAAAUCUGUUGCCGAGAGUCUGACAGCUCUCGCAUGGAUUGCAUAUGUGGGCAAAGAUUGUGGAAUGAGCAUGCCCAUUGCACAUGUGGAAGAAUCUUGGCAGGCGGCUGAAUUUUACAACAAUAAGGUUCUUGUAGAAUAUAGAAAUAAAGACGCGAAUCAUGUGGAGUGGGCAAGAGCUCUAAAGGAACUUUAUAUACCUGGAUUGAGAGAUUAUGUGAAAAGUCAAUACCCGUUGGGGCCUGUAUGGAGUGCUACAGGGGCUGCUGUAUCUGCUCCACCAAAAGCAUCUAAACCAAGUGCUCCUGCUCCUCCACCGCCUCCGCCUGCCUCACUAUUCACCUCGGAGUCUUCUCAGCCAUCUUCAUCCCGCCCAAAGGAAGGAAUGGCUGCUGUUUUUCAAGAAAUUGGUUCAAAGCCAGUAACUGCUGGAUUAAGAAAGGUUACAGAUGAUAUGAAGACCAAGAACCGUGCAGAUAGAGCUGGCUUCGUAAGUGCUGGUGAAGAGGAAGUUCGUUCAACUGUGCCAUCUGUUUCUAAAGUUGGGCCUCCAAAGUUUGAGCUUCAAAUGGGUCGCAAAUGGGUUGUUGAGAAUCAAAUUGGGAAGAAGGAUUUAUCGAUUGAUAAGUGUGAUUCAAAGCAGACGGUGUACAUUUUUGGAUGCAAAGAUUCAGUUCUACAGAUUAAAGGGAAAGUUAACAACAUAACUGUUGACAAAUGCACAAAAAUGGGUGUUGUAUUCACGGAUGUUGUUGCUGCUUGCGAAAUUGUUAAUUGCAACAGUGUUGAGGUGCAAUGCCAGGGUACUGCUCCGACUAUUUCAGUGGACAACUCAUCAGGGUGCCAGUUGUACUUAAGCAAAGAUUCUCUAGAGGCUUCAAUAACAACCGCCAAGUCAAGUGAAAUCAAUGUAUUGGUGCCUGCCUCUGGCCCUGACGAUGAUUUGGUGGAGCAUGCUUUGCCACAACAAUACAUUCAUAGUUACAAGGAUGGACAGUUUGUGACGACCCCUGUAUCUCACUCUGGAGGGUAACUUGCUUUUUUCAAAUACGAUUGGGCUUUUUGAAUGCUGAUGUUAUUUUAGUUACUAUUGAACAUAUAUAUUGGUUGGGUUGAGUUGUAGCAAUCUGCGCGUAUUUAGCAGAAUUUGUUGCUGAUUGAGUUCUGUUUUUUGGAUUUGAUUUAUGUUUGUUUGUUUGUUUGUUUGUUUGUUUGUUUGUUUGUAUCGUCAUUACAUUGUUUCCUCAAGAAAAGGUUGCCUCUUUUGCGUAUUGUAUUUGCU